AUGGACUUGAACCCCCUCGAGGCCGACUACGACCUCUACACGGUUGACAGGACGUUCGUCCUGUCACUGUUUCACGGCUUCUGCACGGCGGUGCCGGCGGAGGUGCGGAGGCAGCUGGCAACGACCGAGGUGGACGCCGUGCAGCACGUGCUGAUCCUGCGGCCCAGGCUGACGAGCUUCACGCACCGCUGCAACAUCUCCCUGCGACACCCGGCCGUGUCGAUGGCGGCGCGGCUGUACUACAACAAACAGCGCGCCGCUCUCGAGGAGGAGCGAGGGCCGCUUGGCGAGGACAUGGCAGGGAACACGUCCCUGCACGCGGGCUCCACGGCCGCGCGUGGGAGCGUGAUGGGGCGCCGCUACUCGCGGCGUGUGUCGUUGCAGGGACCCGCGGAGUUUGCGAAGCCGAUCACGCUGCAGCAGCUGGCGCGAAACAACUGGGAGCUGGUGGCGUCCUGCUACGAUGUCAUGCUGCGGAAUUCGCAGCCUCGUCGUAUUGCGACGUGGGCCAUCGCGUCGAACGAGUUCGUGAACGAUGUUAUCUGCCGCUACUGGGAGCGCAUCACGGUGCCCCCGGGCGAUGUCGAGCUAAGCCCCCGCUUUGACCUCGGCCACAAGUCGGCCUCCGUUUCCGUCAGCUUGGAGGGCGGCAAUGCGACGUACGCCACACGGAUGACCGCCUCGCAGUACGUCUACUUGCAUCUCCGCAUUGCAGGCGUUUUGCUCCCGCCCUCCUCGCUGCAGGCGGAGAUACUGGACUCCAUCAUUCUCGACCUACGCAUGGAUGCCACGCUGAGCCAGAGCCCCGCCGGGUUGUCGUUUGGGCGGGCACCGGAGCUCUACGGCAACCGAGCCAACGAGGACGCCCUCGCGGAGGAUUCGCAGGGCCUGGAGUCCUCUUCCGAGGUCUCCCAUUGCCCCGGCGAGGACACCCUCGCGCAGCUGACGGAGAUCGCGGGGAAGUCGAAGGUCGCCUCAGACGUGAACAACUUCAACACCUCCCUCGCCGACCUUCCCGACAUCAGCUUUGGCCAGUUUUGGCAAUCCAUGCUGGAGCUCUCCGACAACUGGACAAGCACCUCGCACCCGAUGGAGCACGCCGCGUUCUUGAUGGAGCUCUACUGCGAGGUGUUUGCCCACGAGUGGGACGACGAGGAGUUGGCCCUCCUCAAGGCGCUGCGCGCCACCACCGAGGCCCGCCAGCAGGAGGAUCUCCUCUCGCUCAUGGACGACGAGGAGAGGAGCCUGUACCUGCUCUCCGAGUUCAACCACAUGAUGUGGUCCAUCGGCGAGUACGCCAUCUCGGGGUCCUCGUACCAGCCGAGCAUCCCGAUCCUCCGGCGGCCGCCGUCCGCCGGCGAGGUCCCCACCGCGGCCAGUUCCCUCCUUCCGGGGUCGGCCGACAAGACGCGGGGCUCCUCGCGGACCUCGUGGAGGUCCGAGGAGCGGCAGGGUUCCGGGCUGCACCGGGACAAGCACAGAUCGUCGUACCGGGGCAGCAGCGACUCGCGCCGGCGCAGCGAAUCGCGCCGGCGCAGCGGCGAUGACGAGGAAAUUGAGGGGGAUGAGGCGGAGGCGAGGAGGAAGAGCGGGCGGCGAGGGAGAAGGUCGCGCCGCGGAGGCAAGGAAGGGGUUGGCGCGGGUGCAGGCUCCCUUGACCGCAGCGAGGCCUCGGAAGAAGAGAGCGCACGCCGGCGACGCCGGAAACGCCACCACGGCGGCAGCUUAGAGGGAGGCGGGGACGAGGGCUACGAGUCCGAGGAGCUGCUGGAGGGGGAGCGGCGCCUCGUGGGCGAAGCCCGCAGCGGCCGCGAGCGGUACAGGCGCAGCACGUCGGGAAGGGACGGGCAGCGCCUCUCCCAGCACGCCUCUGGCCUCUCUCGGCAAGCCUCUGGCUUCUCCGCGUCAGCGAGUUCGCGCGCCUCGGCGGGGCCGCAGCUUCGGCGAGCUUCUUCCGCUGGGCGGGCCCGUCGGCGUCGCAGCGGCUCUGCCAGAGUCUCUCGCGCAGAAGAAGAAGGGGAGGAGGAGGAGGAGGAGGAGGAGGAGGAGGCCGUGGAAGCCGGCGGUGUCCGUCGCAGGCGGCGAACGCGUGGGCGGGAAGACGCAAAAGGGCACAAACGCGACGAGGAGAGCGAAAGUGACGAGUUCUCAUGGGGCACGGCGUCGAGUUCGUUCUACUCGCGACCGGACGAUGAGUUGACGCCCAAGUCGCUCGCGGAACGGCAGCAGGAGCGGGCGCGGCGUCGGCAGGAGCAGGCGCGGCGUCGGCAGGAGCGGGCGGAACGGCAGCAGGAGCGUUUGGAGCAGCGUAAGCAGCGAGAGGAGGAGCGUCGCCGCCUCUCAGCGCUCACGCCGGCGGAAGAGAUCAGUAAGCGGCGUGAUGAAAUUGUGCGAAGUCUGCAAGCGAAGGGCAUCUACAUUAGUGGGGGCAUCCUCUCAGACGAGGAUGUCUUGCAACUCAGCGAAAACGUCUUCAAUGAGGAGCUGCUGCGGCGACUGCUGGAGGGCGCCGGGUACGCGACGGGGGAGAUGAAGGAGUCCGACUUCCUACACAUCUUGUUUGGGGAGCAGGGGCCACCGCCGGCUGGGGUGAGUGCCGCGGCGCGAGGGCGUGUUCUCGACGCACUGCGCGCGCUGCCGCAACGGCGACCACCAGAGACGGCGUACGCCCGCCUUCGCCGCGAGCGGCAGGAGAAGCUGCUGCGCGAGCGGGCGAGGGCCGCCGCCAUUGCCGCCGCGGAGAGCCAACGAGAGGAGCGGGGCCGUGCCCGCGAGGAGGCGGAGAGAUCCGGCUCCUUCUUCUCGGCGUGGUUGGAAGAGGCGGAGUCCGAGGGCUCCGAGUUUUUGCCCGUCGCCCCGCCCCAGCGUCCGCCGCGCGGCAAGGGAGAAGUGCUCCCCAUCGUACAGCCACCACCGCCGCCGGAGGCCGAGUUAUUCGCGGGGCUGUGGCCACCCUCCAUGCGGCGUGGGGCGCGGCGGCCCACGCGGGCCGGUUUGCCCCCCCACCUCGGGGCGCUGCGCGGGGAGGAGGUGGCGCUGGAGGUGUUGCCCCACUUGGCGCGGGAGCCGCCGGAGGGGCUGCACGAGCACUCACCGGCGCAGCUGGCGCUGUUUUACCGCGACAUUGAACCCCACCGGCCCUUCAAGGGACGUGCGCCGCUGGCGCAGCCGACCUCCAUCCUCGGCGGCACGUACCACCAGCUGUCCACGCUCCGGCUGUCGCGGGGCGCGGGCCGGCGGGGGACGCAGGACGCCCUCGCACCGCAGUCCUCGUCCCCGCCCCGGUGUGCGCCGGUCAAGCUGUUUUCACUCACGACCAAAACGUCUUUUGCAGAGGCGCUUCGCGAGAGUCUACGGCGCUACUUCGACGACAAGGAGUACCUGGAGAACAUCUACGGGAGUCAUGCUAAGUGA